GAACCUUACUUACACCAUGUCUGAUACGUGUUGCGCGCUCGGACUCACUGCGUGCUGCGACGUCAUGGCUGGAAUAUGUCUUGAUUUCAUGUCCAUACGACAUCCAUGCACAGAGCACCUCUGUAGUGCAAGCUACUGCUCAUGCGCAAAGGCCAUUGAUGACACCACAUCCGACGUUGAAAGAGCGCCUCUCAUCUGCGAGAACAGACAACCUAGUCCCCAUCCACCGAUGCAUAGCACUGAAUGCUUGUAGUAUUGUGCGCACACGCUUGUUGGUGCUGUACCAAAUAGUAGUUAAUAUACUAAUGUUGUAUCAUCACUGUAUCCUUCCCAGGUAACUACCGCGGGUAUGGUAGACAGUUCCACAUAAAUG